AUGAUAUCGCGGUCCCCUACGUCAUCCGACGAAUACCCUUGUUUCCCCGGAUUCUUUCCCAUCCAUUGUCAUUUACAUCUACGGGCAAUAAUGACGAACACCAACAUGAAUCCCGCCAAUGAGCAGACCAAGCGCAAGAUCAUUAUCUUCUCUGACUUCGAUGGCACGAUCUUCAUGCAAGACACCGGGCACAUCCUCUUCGACGCCCACGGCGUUGGCGCAGAAGGUCGCGCCGCCUUAGAAGCGCAAAUGAAAACAGGCGAGCACGGCUUCGUGAUCAUGCAGCAGAAACUCGAGAUGGACCCGGGCUUCCGCGAGUUCCACGCUUUCUGCCGCGAGAACGGGUACCCGUUCAACGUGAUCAGCGCGGGACUGCGGCCUAUUCUGAAGCGGGUGCUGGACCUCUUCCUGGGCGAGAAGGAGGCCUCCUCAAUCGACAUCGUCGCUAACGACGCCAUUAUCAACCCGGACGGAUCGGAGUGGAAGCCGAUCUGGCGCCAUGAUACUGAUACCGGACACGACAAGGCUCUUUCUGUCAACGAAGCGCGGGCGCAGGCGCAGGCACAAUGCGAGCCUGAUGAGAUGCCACUGAUUGUGUUUAUUGGCGACGGGGUCUCGGACCUCCCGGCUGCGCGCGAAGCGGAUGUACUAUUUGCGCGGGAGAGGGUUAAGGCUCGAAGAGAGAUUGAGAAGAUCGCGCGCGAGGACCAGUCGAAGACGGGUGGUGUUGGGAAACCGGUGCGGUAUAACCCCCGGGCGAAUAUGUGGAGACGGAUUUCGAGUAAAGAGGCUGUACCGCAGAUUAUGGCAGCUGCAACGCCGUCAAAGGAGGAGAAGAUGUUCCUUUGGCCCGAGACGUUCUCGGAAUACAUCCCCAAAACUAUCCAGGAAGACGAGGUCGCUCACUGA